AUGCGUGCUGCGACCCCCGCCGAGUUUCUUACCAAGAACCCCCCCCCUAUUCACUACACUCUCUACCUCCUAGUCACUCGCCUCCCUGACUCUCUUCGCGCUGUCAGGGACCUCUUUCUCGCCAUGGACCCCACAGAGCUCACUAUCGACCUCCUCGAGAAGCACCUUACAGCGGCCGAGGUUAGCAUUAACGCUGUAGGCGCUUCUCGUGGCACUCCUCACACCCCCUUCUUCGAGGGGUGUUCCCCCUCUCCCCUCCUCCCCUCUGUCGCCACUGCUGCUGCUGUCGACCUCCUUGGUGCUGAGGAGGUUGGGGCUGCGUCUGCUCCUAGUGGGAGGCGCCGCAGCGGCAAGGGCAAGGGAGGCAAGGGUGGUGGGGGUGGCGGGGGUGGAGGCGGUGGUGGAGGCUGGGGUGGCGGAGGAGGAGGCGGUGGGAGUGGCGGGGGUGGAGGUGGGGGUACUGGUGCCGGGGUCAGUGGUGGCGGCGGCAGUGGGAGUGGCAGCGGCGGGGGUGGCGGCAGUGGGAGUGGUUGUGGCACCGGUGGCAGCGGUCGCGGUGGUGCGGCCCAGCGCGGAGGUUCUGGAGGUAGCCAGGCGCAGCAGCAGCAGCGCCAGCGCGCGCCCCGUACGCCGCAUGAGCUUCGUGAGUGGUACGCGCAGCGUCAGUCGCCUGGGGGUGGUAGUACCUUCCCGUAUGUCAUUCGUACGGGUGAGCGCGUUGGUCAGCCGUGCGGGAGGCUUCAGACUCAGCACCGCUGCUUUUCCCGCCUUUGUGUCGCCUGGCGCGCUCAGUUUCCGGACUGCACUGAGAUGCCCAACUGGGCGGAGCUGCUUAAGAGGGGCGUAGAUAUCUUUGAUCUUGACUAUGAUGCUAUCCUUGCUGCCAUGUAUGCAUUGACUGUUAGUGCUGAGGGUGACUGUUACCUGUGUGUUCCGCCAGACCCUGGUAUAGAGGCUACUACUACAGGUGCUUGUGAGUCUGCUGCCCUAGGUGCGUGCGAGUCUGCUGCUCUAGGUGCUUGUGAGUCUGCUCUCUCAUAUACUCCGCCUUGUGAGGCCUCGUACACUUUCACACUAGACUCAGGUGCCUCCCGCUGCUUCUUUCGCGACAGCACCACAGUCACACCACUCCCUGCACCUGUUCCGGUCUCUCUUGCUGACCCCUCCGGGGGCCCUGUCCUUGCACGUUCCUCCACUGUCCUCCCGUGUCCGGCGGUCCCGUCUGGCUCACUUACAGGUCUCCAUUCCCCCUCGUUCUCCACGAACCUGGUGAGUAAUGCCGUCAUCCAGGAUGAGUGGGUUGACACCUUCACCCCUGGAGGACGUCGUGUGGCGAUCUGCACGUGUGCCCGCACGGGCCGCCACCUGGCCACGUUCACCCGUCGGCCUGGGUCGAGUCUGUACACCCUGACUGUCGGGUCUCCCCAGGUUGCUGCUACUGGUCAGGUGUCCUUGUCCGGUCCGGAGUCUGCCCCCUGCUUGUGUCGUCGCCUGUCGCACCAGACUCUCCUCUGGCACCACCGCCUCGGUCACCCCUCUCUGCCGCGCCUCCGCAGCAUGCACUCCCGUCUGCUUGUCUCUGGUCUUCCCCAGUGGCUGCCCUCGCUCCCACGCACGCCUGCCCCGCCGUGUCUUCCUUGCGUCGAGGGGCGGCAGCGUGCCGCUCCUCACUCCUCCUCGUUUCCCCCGACAGACGCUCCCCUGCAGACCCUCCAGAAGGACGUGUGGGGCCCGACCCGCGUCCAGGGACAGGGCCGCGAGCGGUACUUUCUGCUGGUUGUUGACGACUACUCGCGGUACACCACGGUCUUCCCCUUGCGCAGCAAGGAUGAGGUAACUGCAGUUUUGAUCCCUUGGAUCCGCGCUGUUCGUCUCCAGCUCCGCGAGCUGUUCUGCACGGACUUUCCCGUCCUGCGUCUGCACUCUGACAGAGGUGGUGAGUUUUCCUCCGACCUCUUGCGGGACUUUUGUCAGGGGGAGGGCAUCCUCCAGUCGUUCACGCUUCUGGCCUCUCCGCAGCAGAAUGGGGUUGCUGAGCGCCGCAUUGGCCUAGUCAUGGAGGUCGCUCGCACCUCCAUGAUCCAUGCGGCUGCUCCCAAUUUUCUGUGGCCGUUUGCGGUCCGGUACGCUGCGCAUCAGCUCAACCUCUGGCCCCGUGUCUCCUUGCCGGAAACCUCGCCCACACUGCGGUGGACGGGAGAGGUUGGCGAUGCGUCGCGUUUCCGGGUCUGGGGCUCUCGUGCCUUUGUCCGCGAUACCACCACGGACAAGCUCUCCGCUCGCGCCAUUCCCUGCGUCUUCCUUGGCUUUCCUACUGACGCGCCUGGCUUGCAGUUUUACCACCCCACCUCGCGCCGUGUUCUGUCCUCUCAGGACGUCACGUUUGACGAGUCGGUUCCCUUUUACCGUCUCUUCCCCUACCGCACUGCCUCUCUCCCCCCCCCGGCGCUCUUCCUUACUCCAGGUCCACCCUCGGUAGACCCCCUCCCCCCUCAGGGUCCUGCUCCCUCAGGUGUCUCUCAGGUAGACCCCCUUCCCCUGGUAGAGCCUGUCGAGGUCGCUGGUGACUCUGGUGCUGCUAGAGGAGGUUCUGCUAGGGGUCCUGUGUCUGGGGGUGCUGAGCCUGCGGGCGCAGGGCCUGAGGGUGCUGAUCCUGGGGGUGUGGAGCCUGGGGGUGCUGAGCCUGAGCGCGUGGAGCCUGGGGGUGCUGAGCCUGAGCGUGAGGAGCCUGGGGUUGCUGAGCCUGGGGGUGCUGUGCCUGAGCGCGUGGAGCCUGGGGGUGCUGAGCCUGGGGGUGCUGAGCCUGAGCGUGUGGAGCCUGGGGGUGCUGUGCUUGAGCGUGUGGAGCCUGGGGGUGCUGAGCCUGGGGUUGCUGAGCCUGAGCGCGUGGAGCCUGGUGGUACUGAGCCUGAGCGUGAGGAGCCUGGGGGUAUUGAGCCUGGGUGCCGCCGGCAGGAGCCUCUCUCCCCGCAGCAGCUGCGUGAGUGGUACACUCGACGCUACUGCCGUUCGCGUGGCGCUGCUGGUGCUGGGGGCUCGGCCACUGGAGCUGCUGGAGCUGCGGGCGCUGCUAGUGGUGGCGCUGCUAGGGCUGGAGGUGCUGGGACUGCUGGACCUACUGACGCUGCUGGUGCUGGAGGAGCCCCUGGUGCUGUUGGUCCCGGAGGUGCUCGUACUGGAGGUACUGGAGCUGCCGGGGCUGGUGGUGCUGGUCCCGGGGCUAUUGGAGCCGUCGGUGCUGACACUGGAGGCGCUGGAGCUGGAGACCCUGGGAUUGGAGGUCCUGUUGCUGGAGGCGCUGACGCUGGAGUUCCUGGUGCUGGAAACACUGGGGCGGGAGGAGUUGGAGCUGGUGACGCUAGCACUGGAGGUGCUGCUGCUGGUGGUAUUGCGCAGCGGCGUCUGUUCUUCACUCCGCCGUCGCCGUCGUCUCUCCCGCCGCCUGACUCCGUGCUUCGUCAGGUUCUUACCCUCCCGUCUUCUACUGGUUUUCCGUUACAGCCUGGCUCUCCGCUGCCUGCUCCUUCUCCUUACACUGAGCAGACAGACUCGCUUACAGAGCGUCGUGAGCCUGCGUCUCGUCCUGCCUCGCCUGUUCGCGCCGCUCGCACUGCUCGCCGUGUCCCGCGUCCGCGUCCUCCUCCUGUGCUAGGUACUCACACCAUGGCACUUCGUCCCUCCUCUGCUCCACAGCGCGUCCCACUGCCGUCUCCUCCUGCGUCCUCUCUUCCUGAGCUUCCUGACCCUGAGUCUGACGCUGUUCGUGCUGCUAGUCCCACCGUCAUGCGUCUUCUAGCUACUGUUGUCACUGACCCGUCGUUUGAGUUUGCUGCUGCGUCUGCCUUAGUUGCUGAGCUCGUUGACUUUGCUGCUGUGUGUCGUCUAGACUACGCCGCCAGUCUUGUUGCUGAGUCUGCGUCUGUCUGUCCUCCGUCUGUCGGGGGUGAGUGUGCUCUUGGCACGGACGUCCUUGAGGACAGGCAGGAGGAGCUCGACUGUCUUGCGGCUGCUGUACCUCAUCUCGUGGCCUGGCUGCUUGCCCCUGAGGGAGACCCCGAUGCACUGGACAUCCCGACCCCGCGCUCUUACACAGAGGCGAUCUCGGGUCCCUACUCCUCUCAGUGGCAGACAGCCAUGGAUGCAGAGAUGGCAUCCUGGAAGUCCACAGGCACCUACGUCGACGACGUUCCCCCUCCUGGGGCGAACAUCGUCGAUGGCAUGUGGAUUUUCAGGGUGAAGCGGCCGCCGGGUUCUCCACCUGUCUUCAAGGCUCGUUACGUUGCACGAGGCUUCAGUCAGCGACAGGGAGUUGACUUCUUCCAGACCUUCUCCCCUACCCCGAAGAUGACUACUCUUCGGGUGCUGCUGCACGUUGCCGCUCAGCGUGACUACGAGCUUCACUCUCUUGACUUCAGCACAGCAUUCUUGCAGGGCAGCCUGCACGAGGAGAUCUGGCUGCGCCGCCCUCCUGGCUUUACUGGGUCGUUUCCUCCUGGUACCCAGUGGAGCCUCCGUCGGCCAGUCUACGGUCUCCGCCAGGCACCCCGUGAGUGGCACGACACACUGAGGACGACACUUGCGGCGCUUGGGUUUGCUCCUUCGACUGCAGACCCGUCGCUGUUCCUCCGCACCGACACGUCGCUGCCGCCGUUCUACAUCCUCGUGUACGUCGACGACCUGGUCUUUGCUACUGCUGACACUGAGGCACUCGCUCUUGUGAAGUCGGAGCUGCAGAAGAGACACACGUGCACAUACCUGGGUGAGCUGCACAGCUACCUUGGCUUGCAGAUCACCCGGGACAGAGCACACCGCACCAUCACCUUGACUCAGUCACACAUGGUGCAGCAGGUCCUUCAGCGCUUCGGCUUCCAGUUCUUCUCAACACAGUCCACUCCUCUGUCUACCGGUCACUCGCUCUCAGCUCCACCUUCGGACGAGUCCGUAGAGCCGAGUGGCCCGUACCCAGAGCUUGUGGGCUGCCUCAUGUACCUGAUGACUUGCACACGACCUGACCUUGCGUACCCUCUUAGCAUCCUGGCUCGCUACGUUGCGCCUGGGAGACACAGGCGAGAGCACUGGGAGGCUGCUAAGAGGGUGCUGCGCUACUUUUGCAGUACAUCAGGCAUGGGGCUGGUGCUUGGAGGACGGGGUGACGUUGUCCUCACUGGACACUCAGACGCCUCUUGGGUUGACGACCUGGCUACACAGCGGUCGUCGCAGGGUUACACCUUCAGCCUUGGUUCUGGUUCUGUCUCUUGGCGGUCUACCCACUCGUCUUCUGUUCUCAGCUCCAGUUGUGAGGCUUAG